UGAUUGGAGGAAAAAGGAAAAAUGGAGAGCAAUGAAAGUAGUUUUCUCUGAAUGCUGAUAAUAACUCUUUCUACUUAAAUUCUGUGUAAACCUUCCAGUGCAUAACAUUACCAUACAAGACCUCUUCUAGGCAUCUUUUGAAGGCAACAAUCACAUAGAGGCCCCAGGAAUGCAAGUUUUGGCUGAUUCCCCACUUUCUGCUAGACUUUGCACUGGUGUGAAGUUUCCUCUGUGUUGAACAUGGCCCCGACGUGCCUGCGGCCCCUGCUGAGGUACCGCUCCUUCGCCAUCAUCUGCCUCACGCCGCUGCUGCUGCUGCCGCUGCCGCUCGCUGUGUCCACGCGGGAGGCCAGAUGUGCAUAUAUCAUCAUCAUCAUGGCUGUGUACUGGUGCACUGAAGUGAUCCCCCUGGCUGUCACCUCCCUCAUGCCAGUGGUAUUUUUCCCUCUGCUUGGAGUUCAGACUGCUAAAAAGGUGUGCUUACAGUACCUAAAUAACACAAACAUGCUCUUCUUUGGAGGGCUGAUUGUCGCAAUUUCUGUUGAGCAGUGGAAUCUUCACAAAAGGAUUGCACUGAGGGUCCUUCUGAUUCUUGGGGUGAAACCAGCACUCCUCAUGCUGGGAUUUAUGAUAGUCACUGCCUUCCUGUCCAUGUGGAUAAGCAACACAGCCACCACUGCCAUGAUGGUUCCCAUUGUGCAGGCUGUCCUGGAUCAAAUGUACAACACAGAGUAUGAUGUGACCGUGAUGGAACAAGCAACUGGGCAAACAAAUACAGUGAUUGAGCUGGGGGAAAAGAGCACAUCAGAGGCCACUGCAGUGCGUGCUUUAAGCAAUGAACAAGUCCCUGAUGACCCCACAUCUUCUGAGGAAAAGAAAAUGAGGACGCAUAUAUGCAAAGGAAUGACACUUUGUGUAUGCUAUGCUGCCAGCAUUGGAGGAACUGCAACACUUACUGGAACAGGACCAAAUGUGGUACUGAAAGGCCAGAUGAAUCAGUUAUACCCCAACAAUAAUGAUAUUGUGAAUUUUGCUUCCUGGUUUGGAUUUGCAUUCCCAAACAUGAUCCUGAUGUUGGUGCUAGCUUGGCUUUGGUUACAGUGCUCCUUCAUGGGACUCAACUUUAAAAAAAGCUGGGGCUUUGGGACAGAGAGAACUACCAAAGAAAAAGCGGCAUACAAUGUGCUGAAGGCAGAAAUGAAGAAGUUAGGCCCUAUCUCUUAUGCUGAAUCAAAUGUCCUCCUCUUGUUUGUUUUGCUGGUGGUCUUGUGGUUUUCCAGAAACCCAGGCUUUGUAAAAGGCUGGGCCUCCAGGCUCUUCCCAGGAGGAGAAAAGUAUAUCACUGAUUCUGUUCCUGCUGUGUUUAUUGCCCUCUUGCUGUUUAUCCUUCCUGCUCAUAAGCCCAAAUUCAUAGCCUGGAAUCCAAGCAAGUCUGACGCUGAACAGGCUGAAGAAGAUACAAAAAAGCCAUUUUUAUCAGCCUCGCUGCUAGACUGGAAUGUGGUUCAAAGGAAGAUGCCCUGGAGCAUUGUGCUGCUGCUGGGAGGAGGUUUUGCUUUGGCUGAUGCAAGCGCAAACUCUGGGCUCUCAGCUUGGCUGGGUCAUCAAAUGACUCCACUGGGAUCUAUCCCACCAUGGGCCAUUGCAACAGUGAUCUCUCUUAUUAUAGCUGUUGUCACUGAAUGCACCAGUAACGUGGCCACAGUUACUCUCUUCCUGCCUGUCUUUUCAUCCAUGGCUACGUCUGUCAAGAUCCACCCUUUGUAUGUUAUGCUGCCUGGUACUCUCAGUGCUUCAUUUGCCUUUAUGCUACCUGUUGCAACACCACCAAAUGCAAUAGUGUUUUCUUAUGGCCAUGUCCGUGUUUUGGAUAUGGUUAAAACUGGAAUAGUGAUGAACAUCAUUGGAGUCUGCUGUGUCACACUGGCCAUCAACACAUGGGGAAGACCUAUGUUUGGGCUGGACACAUUCCCAACCUGGGCAAACACCACAACAAAACAGUGAGCUGUGAAGAAUUCGUGUGUUAAGCAACUCACUUGAAUGGUGUUUGGCAUCUGCAGAUGAAGUGGUUCCACCAUGACUGUUACUGGCUGCUUCUGAAGUGCACAUUACCUGACAGUUUCUUGACCUCAAAAAAGAGAGCUUAGUGAAGAGUUAAGUCUUUAAUUAAAUACGUUCUGACAAUUGUUUUAGUCACUGAAAGCUAUGAUCUUGUUUAUAUUGAAUUACAAUUAUAGCAUUGGAGUAAAAAAAUUGCAGACUUUGUGCUGGCUUGUUAUAAAUAUAACAUAAUGCAUACUCUGCUCUCUGUUAUUUAACCAUAUUUUAAGCAGGAUGCUUUCCAGUCUACAGGAGCUGUCUUGCAUUCUGUGGGUAAAAAUCCUGUCAGAUGUUGUCCAUGUUAAUAUCGGUUUGCAUUCUGUUCCAAAGCAGUGGGUAAAUGGGUGAACAAGAGGGGAUGUCUUGGGUUUCAUGCACUUCUCUGUUUGAUCUCACUUGAUCAGCUUUCAGUGAUGAAAUUGCUGGACCUUUUUUUCUCACUGGUGCAAAUGGACUGCACUGUGGUGGCACAGAGGAAUCUUUUGCAACAUUUCACUUCCUUAGUGUUUAACUUCAAGGUUCAACAGCAUGCCAGACAAGACUUUAUUUUCUCUUGUGUCUCAUAAAACCUUGGUGUCUUCAGGUCCCAGAAGUGGCUACAAUUAAGAGCUGUGCCUCUAUGCCAGUUCUGAUGAGUUAAGAUAAACUUACUGUCCUAAACCAUCACAUUUCUGGGCAGGCAACAGCAAUGAUAGCAGUCUAGUCUCUAUGAAAGGAGAAACAGACAGCAAUGUCAUCCUGGUUCUAUGACAAUAAGACAAAUUCCUGGCUCACAUUUAUAUUAACACAUAUCCCGCAACUUUGGCUCACCUGACAUUUAAAAACAAAACAAAACAAAUCAGACUUCUCUUAGAGAACAUUCUCAGUUAGUAUAUUAAAAUCCCAAUUUUCAAUUUUGUUCCUAGUUUUGAUGGACAAGAAUUGAGACGUUUGACUUAACUGUAGCAAACCUACAUAGUAAUUUAUUUUUCUGACCAAUUCUUUUUUAGGAUUCUCUCCUCUGAAGUUACUCUUGGGAGAGAAAUCCUGCUCUAGAAUAGCAACACAGACACAUGGGAUCUAUUUGAUCUCUUCUUUUAGACCAAAGUCUGUGUUUACUGGGGAGUGACUUGUUAUGUUUUGAUAUAGUAAUAGUAGUAUUCCACAA